CGAUAACGUCCCUGAUCCCAGUCGCAUGACGUCACGUCACGUGAAGAUGAUGACCUCUUGUCUAUAUAGGGCUGUGUUGAUUUGACACAACUCAUUCCGCAUCAGUUGAUCAAUUGAAGGAGGAGCGAUCCAGCAGUAAUUAUGAGCUAUCCAGGCUACCCAGGCAAUCCCUACUACCCCCAGGGUAACGUUCCCCCACCCCAACCCGGAGCAUACCCUCCACAGUAUCCAGCAGGUGCCUACCCUCCACAAUAUCCUGCGGGGGCGUACGCCCCACCCCCAGCGGGCUACCCCUACGCCCAGCCCGCACCACCCGUGGUUACCACAACGACGUACACGCAGGGGUUCGGACCACAUGGUCAGUCAAGGACGGUGUUCAGAGACCAGUGUGGUGACAAGGUCGUGGUCAAGAGGGAUGGAUUUGGCCACGAGAAGGUCAUCGUGAAAGAGGAUCACCACCACCACCAUCACCCCCCUCAGAACAAGGCCGUGUUCAAUGACGGGUUCGGGCACAAAGUGGUGGUCAAGGAGGACAGAUUCGGCAAUGAGAGGAUCAUCGUGAAAGAGAAACAUGGACAUCACCAUCACGAUCAUAACUUCUUCUAGACAACCCGGAAAAAAAACAAAAUCUCCUUAUAUUGACAAUUAAGUCUAUGUGAUUUUUAAUCGUGCCACGGUCAAGAUUUUUCUUUACUGUUUAUCGCCCGCGUCUACUACAACUCAUAACCGUUGUACGCAUAUCAGAAACCAGAAAUGCGCACACUGACGCGUGUUGAUGAUCAUGUGAAUCAGUGAUUUUGCGAGUUGGUUUCUUAAAACUUCUGUCCAGUGCCAGAUUCGUUACAAUGCCACAUGUGUUGUUCCGAAAGCUCAAGACAUGAAAAAGUGAUCAUGAAAAAAUAAAUUUUAUAAUGAGAUAUACCGACAAUGAGAUUAUGAAUUUAAACGGGACGUCAGACCCCACUUCACCUAACACCACGUUCCUUUAUCUCCCGUGAAUACACACGGCCGCUGUACAGGGUAACACAGACAAGGUGUAACACUGACCCGUCGUUAUCUAUGAAUCCUGCGUGCAUGAACUUUGUGCGAAUGAUACCACUGACUUGUACUGAAGCAAUGUGUAGAAAGGAUAGCCGCAAAUUAGUCUGUCAUACAGACCCUGAAACAAAUAAUCCAAUACAGCCCAUGCAAGUCUAUAAUGCUUGGCAAGUCUAGAUCACUGCAGUAUCAGGGUCUGUACAAAUGUUCUGAAUUCACAAGCGAGGACAGAGCUUGUAAUUAUCAGUCGAUCUCUAGCUGUCAUUAGUGUUUAGUAUUAGCACAUGUCCCCCUCCCCCAGACCCCGACUGAGCCAGGACCUGCUCCUGCUUCUCCCCCUGCCACUCUGGGCAGACAACAUGUGAUUACUUUGGAGACCUCCUCCACCACUCCCCAAGACCCACACUGAGCCAGGACCUGCUCCUGCUCUUCCCCCUGCCACUCUGGGCGGCAACAUGUGAUUACAUUGGUGACCUCCUCCACCACUCCCCAAGACCCACACUGAGCCAGGACCUGCUCCUGCUCUUCCCCUGCCACUCUGGGCAGACAACAUGUGAUUACAUUGGAGACCUCCCCCACCACUCCCCAAGACCCACACUGAGCCAGGACUUGCUCCGUCUUCUCCCCCUGCCACUCUGGGCAGACAACAUGUGAUUACAUUGGAGACCUGUUCCACCACUCCCCAAGACCCCGACUGAGCCGGGACCUGCUCCUGCUCUUCCCCUGCCACUCUGGGCAGACAACAUGUGAUUACAUUGGUGACCUCCUCCACCACUCCCCAAGACCCACACUGAGCCGGGACCUGCUCCUGCUCUUCCCCUGCCACUCUGGGCAGACAACAUGUGAUUACAUUGGAGACCUCCUCCGCCACUCCCCAAGACCCAACAUGUGAUUACAUUGGAGGCCUCCUGACAAAUACAUCUGUAUAUUCUUUAGUUGUUUCAUUGUUACCUUAGUGGGAGAGGGGAGGGUUUCAUUUAUUUAUUUAUUUUAUUUUGAGGUAAAAAUGAAUAGGAACAUUGAUAAGCCAACUCCUUUGUCCCUAAUGAAAGCAAAUAUACAGAGCAUAUAUUAGAGUUCCAUGGGACUGGUACAAAGAAAUUACAAAUAAAUAACAGUUUAUUCAAA